CAUAAAUACUCUGAGAGCUUUGAUAGCCCUUGCUAAAGUCGAAACAGGUAUACCAUCAGCCCGAAGAGUGUUCGGACAGGGGUGCCGGUACGAUGGUGUUCAACUAUAUUUUACGGUCCCUCCGCGGGACGAAUCUCGAAGUCUUCAAGUUCGGCAUGUACCUGGCCUUUCCAAUAGGGUAUAUGUACUACUUCGGCACCAACCUGGAAAACCGAUUCUCUGUGCCCGGCUUCUGGCCAACACAAGAACAAAGUCACAAGAUCCCCUACGAGCGAGAAGAAAUCAGAGCCGAGGUGCAGCGAAUACAGCAAAAGAUGACGGAAAUGCGUGCGAGGUUGCCUCUCGAGCAACAGCAGAGGUUGAAGGAUCGGGACAUGGAAGCACCGGAACAGAAUACUAGCGGGUAGGGCUCUGAGCUCCGAAGACCUCCAGCAAGUGUCCAAGUUAGUACGACAGAAAGACAAGGAAUCUGUUGCGCGGAUUGGAAAGAUGAAGGCGGACAGACGAAGAAGAAGACUUUGAGGAAGGACCUGAACCAGGCCUACAUGAGCCGGACGGCCAUCGACACACUCAUGACCCAGCGUACAUUUCGACGCACAGGGGAAAUGCCGCUUUGUACACAAGUCCCAGGUCGACGCAGAAGCAACACGUUUGCGCAGCUCUGCGUUAUCACGGUGUUGAGAGCAGGAAAAUGGGUAACCUCAGUCCACUCAAUCAUGGGCAUUGUCUCCAAAUGGGUUGAUGGCUACUCUUUGUGGAUCGAGGCCAAAACGAAAACAGGCAUGGCCGCCGUGCCGCGCUCAGUACAUGGUGCAGCUUCGACGGAGUCAUGUCGUUGUAAUGGAUUAUAUGAAAGCCGAUGCUACCAAUGUCGCUGCCAUACAACUCCUUGUAAAAGAAUAACAUUAGGGGUAUCUCAUUUUACAACUCUUUCAAC